AUGGCCCUCAGAGGCACACGUCCCGCUGAACACGCCGGGAGUUGGUAUACUGCCGACCCCAGGAACCUUUCAGAGGAAUUGAAUGGCUGGCUAGAAGAGGCAUCGUGUGCCAUAAACGGAUCUCUUCUACCUGUAACCAAUGCCAGAGCAGUUAUUGCCCCUCAUGCUGGAUAUCGAUACUCAGGCCCCUGUGCAGCAUGGGCGUACAAGUGUCUGGAUCUCAACAAGGCUCGUCGCGUAUUUGUCCUUGGUCCAAGCCACACCUACUACCUCCGAGGCUGCGCUCUUACGACGUUUGAGAAAUAUGCAACCCCAUUUGGGGACUUUCAGGUGGAUGCUGAUGUGACAGCCCGGCUUCGAGAGUCAGGUUUCUUCAAAGAUAUACCACGUCACAAUGAUGUUGGGGAACACAGCCUUGAGAUGCAACUGCCUUACAUUUGGAAGAUGUUGGAGCGGACACUGGGUACCGGUGCCCGGUGGCCCUCACUUGUUCCGAUCAUAGUGGGGGACGGCAGCGGUGCUGACGAGAGAGAGUUUGGGCAGCUUCUGGUGCCAUACCUGGAAGAUCCCGAAAACGCGUUUGUGAUCAGUUCUGAUUUUUGUCAUUGGGGUCGUAACUUCGAGUUCUGGCACUACUGUCCCAGUUCUGACUUCAGUAAGAUCCGCUCACUUUCGCCUCGCGGCGACUCCAAACCAAGCCCGACGGAGCCGCCCGUUCACGAGUUUAUUCGAGUCCUGGACGAAGCAGCUUUCCGGGCUAUUGAGACAGGAUCACAGGCCAAAUUUGUCGACUACUUGCACGUAACAGAAAACACUGUUUGUGGACGGCACCCCAUCAGUGUCGCUAUGGCCGCCCUGGAGCUAAUGGGAACCAGAGCCCCUACAUCCACCAGUACUAACAGCCCUAUCGGCCACCCGAAAUUCGAAUUUGUACGGUAUGAGCGCAGCGAUCUUGCCGAGACAACAUCUGAUUCUAGUGUGAGCUACGGCUCUGCUUUUGCCGUAUUUUGA